UCGUGGGUUAUUCCUUUCGGUGCUAACAUGUGUUUUGUGCGCAGUCCUUUUCAGAUACUCUAAUUAUUGAUUAAUUGGUUUGACCCGAAAAUUUAUCUUUUGGUUUUAAUUUUUACAAUAUGGGCAAAUUAAAUGUCGUUGUGCUGCGAUAUCUCUCUAGAGAUGAUUUUCGAGUUCUAACAGCUGUGGAAAUGGGUAUGAAGAAUCACGAAAUCGUUCCUGUAAGCCUUAUAUCAUCAAUUGCUAGUCUUAGACAUGGAGGAUGCAACAAGGUUCUGAGAGAACUCGUGAAGCACAAACUGUUGGCUUACGAACGCACUAAGACUGUACAGGGAUAUCGCUUGAAUUACGGAGGUUAUGAUUAUCUGGCUUUGAAGACGUUGUCAUCGAGGGAUAUCAUUUUGUCCGUUGGGAAUCAAAUGGGAGUCGGCAAAGAGUCUGACAUUUACAUGGUUGCAAACGAAGAAGGGGAGCAGUUUGCUCUCAAACUUCAUAGACUUGGAAGAACAUCUUUCAGAAAUUUAAAGAAUAAGCGGGACUACCACAAGCACAGACACAAAAUGUCCUGGCUCUACCUGUCUCGACUUUCUGCCAUGAAGGAAUAUGCGUACAUGAAGGCCCUGUAUGACCGAGGCUUUCCUGUGCCAAGGCCAGUGGAUUACAACAGACAUGCAGUUGUUAUGGAACUCAUAAAUGGAUAUCCUAUGUGUCAGGUGCGUGAGAUUCAAGACCCAGCAUCCUUGUAUAGUGAAAUCAUGGAACUGAUAGUCAAACUGGCUAAUCAUGGCCUAAUCCAUGGAGACUUCAAUGAGUUCAACCUGAUGCUUGAUGACAGUGAUCACGUCACAAUGAUCGACUUCCCACAGAUGGUGUCUACUUCUCAUCCAAACGCAGAAUGGUAUUUUGACAGAGAUGUAAAGUGUGUCAGAGAUUUCUUCAUUAAAAGGUUCAACUAUGAAAGUGAACUGUACCCCACAUUUAAGGACAUCAAAAAGGCCUACUGUCUUGAUGUGGAGAUCUCAGCCAGCGGUUACACCAAGGAGCUGCAGCAAGACGACCAGUUACUCCAACCAGUUGGCCCGGAAGCUGAAGAACCAAUCAGUGGAGAUGAGGAUGACGAUGCUGGAACACCAGAGCUGCCUUCACAGGAGCCCAUUGACACUGAAGAAUAUAAGCAGGCUCUGCUGGAACUUGAGGGACUGAAGAUCAGUGUAGAAACUUCUUCUGAAGAGAAGAUCGAAAAGGAGCAUGAAGAAACUUGCUCAGCAAAGGUGAUCUGCACUGAGGAUGCUAUUAGUGACUUGGUUACAGACCGUCAUAGUGGCCUGGAUGGUGUUGAGCUUGAGAAUGAGGAUGACUGUCCAGAUUUGGUUGAUAUUUCAGCUUGCAACAAAGAGUUCAAGCCUUUCAGAGAUCGAUACAGCCUGCUUCAUGUGAAUGAGCACAGGCAAAGAACAACCAGUGAAACUUCAAAUGGGAGUGUUGCUAGCUGCUCCACAAUUCCUUCAACAGUGAUCAGACAAAAAGUGAGACGACAGCUCACUAAGCAGCAGAAGGCUGCUCAGAGGCGACGUCUGCAAAAAGGCGAGGCCCACUUGGUGACUAAGGAAAGGAGAGAGAAUAUGAACAUCAUCAAGAGUAGUCUGGAGGCAGCCCAGUUCUGGGGCUAAGGACAUUUGAACAUUGGGACAAAACAAAACAGCCUUGUUUUGGACUGGAUUACACUGUUUUGGGUUCUCUAUCCGGACAAAGCUCUCUCAAGGCAUCUAAUCAGCAAUAUGAGUUGAAUAAAUACUGUUAAACAGUC